AUGACCGAGGAUGAGAUUGAAGUGCAAGAAAAACUCGACCACUUUCCAGAGGACUUCAACCAGCUGGAUCUACUGGAAACCCACCGACAUCUGAUUCCUACAGGAACCCAGAGCCAUUGGCCAGGGGAGUCUGAGGAAGAUGAGGAGGAAAGGACUGAGGAGUGGUACCAGACCCACGAGGAGAACCUGAAGGACAACCACAAGGAGUUAAUACAUUUUGCUGCGGAAAAUAACAGACUACAAACCACGCAAAGAAUCCUGUCGCUCCACCCAGAUCUUGUGAACGUAACGGAUGAAGACCAUUACACCCCGCUGCACAGAGCCUCGUACAACGGCCAUCUGGCGAUAGUGCGGGAGCUGAUCGCGAAGGGGGCGGAUGUUCACACGGUGACGGUAGAUGGGUGGACCCCGCUGCACAGCGCCUGCAAGUGGAAUAACACCGAGGUCGCCUCUUUCCUGCUCCAGCACGGCGCAGACAUCAACGCGCAGACUAAGGGCUCCCUAACACCGCUGCACCUGGCCGCCGCCAACAGGGACUGCUGCCGGCUCCUAGAGCUCCUCCUUAUGAAUCGCUACAUCAAACCCCAACUGACCAAUAAGUUGGGGGAGACGGCUUAUGAGAUCGCCCGGCGCACCGACAUGUACCACUACCUGUUUGAAAUAGCAGAUUAUUGGACCUAGCCCCCAUCCACCGGCAGUAAUAAACGUCCUUGCAGUUGUCA